UUUAGCGCGCGAGUUCCCGUGUCCCCAUUUUUUUAAAGCUUUUAAACUUGCUCUGCCAUUUUCAUGUUCCAUUUUUUUGCCAAAUCAACCAUUCCAUGUGCCUUGUCCAUUUUCUGCCCAAAAUGUCCAUUUUCUGCCCAAAAGCAUAUUCUCCAUUUUCAUAUGUUGUUUCCAUUUGCUGUUGUUCAUAUUCUCCAUAUUCUUUCCAUUCCAUUUUCUGCCCAAGAGCCUCAGGAUCGCCAAAGCAUCACUUCGGCAUCCGGUGCUACCAGUUGAGUGGAAUUAUGCUGGGUCCAUUCUAAAACUAAACCUAGGCACUGUUACCAUUAUAUUCCCUAAGGAAAGCUAUUGGGUUGGCCAGACCCUAGCUAAGCCUUUACCAAGCAACACCGGUGUGCUUCCUCUUUGGGCACAUAUAAAAGACUGACUAACUGGGAACUGAUUUAUCGGUGAAACAAUAAACAAUAUAUAAACAUAAGCAUGUGAAUGGGAGGUGACACAGGAAAUAAAGAUAAAUAAUAAUUAUAGUGUAAUGGUUGGGAAAAUCCAUUAACACAUAAUGCUCGCCCAAAAGAUCACCUUUGCUUAGGCAAUCAACG